AUGGCCCCCACUCCCACAACCCCACCAACCACAGUAACAACCUUCAACACGCACCUCACCACCCUCCUCGAGACCCUCGCCGACCUCGACCGCGACAUCGCAAACCUCAGCCACCACGCGCACACCAACCCUUCCAUCCUCAUCCCCUCACCCCCCGCCUCCCUUUCUUCACCCACCCCACCGCCCUCAUCCUCCCCACCCACCACCCCUAGAUCCCUCCGCAAGGUCCAAGCCCUCCGCACAACUGCCCGCAGCAUCGCAGCCCGCCUCAACGCAUUCGAGAAAGACCUGCAAGCAGCGGAAAAGCGCGCAAAGGAGCUCAAAGAGAAGUAUCACCGCGCUGACGAGCCUGACGAAGCUAUGGUGAUGGUGUUCGGGCAGGUGUUUGAGGGCUUGGAGAUGUGUGGGAGGGGGUUUUCCGAGCUGAAGGGGUGGUGGGUUGGAGUGGUUAGGGAGGGGAGUGGGGCGGGUGUUUGGGCGGGUGCGCCCUUUUGA